UCCGCGCCCGCGCUGCUGGGGUGCCAUCUUGUUUCUCUGGGGGGUGGGAGGGGCAUGCCUUGGGUGCGACUGGGUGGAGGAGAUUUGGAAGUCUCUUCUCGGAUUAUAAUACUCAUCCUUACUUGACGCCCCGCCCCGAGUUUAGGUGCGGAAUAACUACUGUUGAGCGAACAUGAUGGGCUGUACAGGAAAAGACACAGUUCUGCUGGUCCAGUUCUCCAGGGGGUAUGUGAAGGCAGAAAUGGUUACAAUAUGAUCAUGGAGGAUACUCAGGCUAUUAACUGGGAGGUUGAAGAAGAGGAAGAGACAGAGAGACCCAGUGACUCAUUGGGGAGUAGCCUGGAGCCCUUAGGGCGACUGCAUAUCUUCAGUAGUGUCCAUGGACCAGAAAAAGAUUUCCCACUAUACCUCGGGAAGAAUGUGGUAGGCCGAAUGCCUGAUUGCACUGUGGCCCUGCCCUUUUCAACCAUCUCUAAACAACAUGCAGUGAUUGAAAUCUUGGCCUGGAACAAGGCACCCAUUCUCCGGGAUUGUGGGAGCCUCAAUGGUACACAAAUCCUGAGGCCUCCUAAGUUUCUGAGCCCUGGGGUGAGUCAUCGUCUGAGGAACCAGGAGUUGGUUGUCUUUGCUGACUUGCCCUGCCAGUACCAUCGCCUGGAUGUCUCCCUGCCCUAUGUGUCCUGGGGCCCCCUAACUGUACAGGAGACACCCAGGGUACAAGGAGGAACUCAGCCUUGGGGGAAUCUGUUGGCUGAGGACUCAGAAGAGGAAGUAGAUCCUCUUUCUGAAAGGUACAUGGUGAAAGAACCAAGGACCACAUUCCCCAUUUUGGCAACAGUUGUUCCAGAGAGUGAUGAAGAGGGGCCUUCUUCUGCCCCACAUGGCCCUGAGCCACCUUGUGCCUUCAACCUUGACAGUGACACAGAUGAGGAAGAAAGUCCACAACCAGUAGCAGGGGAGGCCUGCUCAGCUGCUACAAGAGAUGCCACUGCAGAGAAAGAGCAGCCUAAAGCUGUCGCAACUGAAAUCCAGUGUGAAAUGAAUCAGUAUUCAGGGAAGGAAAGGAACAAUGACACAAGAGCCAAGAGGGAUACAAGCAAUGGGGUGGUUCCAGUUGGGAUGAUUCUUGAGAGAAGCCAACCUGUUAGAGAGGACAGUGAAACAGAUGUGGAAGAUGAGAGCAGGCCUCCAGGAAGGCCAGCUGAGGUUCAUCUAGAAAGGGCCCAGCCUUGUGGCUUCAUAGACAGUGAUACUGACCUGGAAGAAGAGAUUCCUGCGACCCCAGCUGUGGUUCCCGUGAAGAAGAGGCAAAUCUUCCAUGGUGUUAGUACAGAGAGCCUUGGGGGACCUGACCUAGCACAUCUUCAAGAGAGCCUGGCUGGUAGUGACACAGAUGUGGAGACUGAGGCCCCACUCACAGUCCCUCUGGUACACAGCCAAGCCUCCAUGGUGAUUAACAGCAAUACAGAUGAUGAGGAAGAAGUAUCAGCAGCACUCACUUUGGCACGUCUGAAAGAAAGCCAUGCUGCUAUGUGGAACAGAGAUAUAGAUGCAGAAGAGGACCAGGCCCAACCUCUGGCUUUGCUUGAGCAAAGCCAAACCUCUUCUGGGAGAGACGGUGACACAGAAGUGGAGAAGGAGAAGUUCCCAGUAGAAAAGAGAGAAUAUGUUCCCAAGGGUCACACAGACAAAGCGCAUUCAGAAAAGAGCCAACCUCCUUUUGAGGCCAGUGUUAGAGAAGUGGAAGAAGAUAAGAGCUCACCUGGAGUCCACCUGGAAAUAAGCCAAGCCUCUGCCAAAGUGGGCAUCAGCAUACAAGUGGAAGAGGAAAUCCCCCCAGGAUCAGCUGUUAUACUUCCAGAGAAGCAUCAGGUGCCUGUUGCAUGGACAAAUCAAACAAAUGUGGAAGCAGAAAGGGGUCCAGCAAAGCUACCUGUGAUGAAUCUAGAGGAAGCCCGGCCUCCUCCAGGUGGGGACAGUGAAGCAGAUGCUGAUAAAAGAAAGAGUCAGUUUCCAACAGAAGGGGUUGCUGGGACAGAGUGGGUUGUAUCUGUUCCUCAGCAGGAGGGAGCUCUUGAGGCAGGGGCCCAGGGUGAGCCACCUGUAGCACAAGUAGAGCAGGGCCAUCUUGUCUCAAGGGAGAAAGUAACAGAUCUCUUGGUAGACACAGGUACUCCAGGAGAACCCACCCAGCCACAGAGAAAGAGAGCCCAGCCCCCCAGAGAAAGAGGGAGAGAACCACAUGUGGACACGACCAAGGACUCUGAAGACAACCAUGAUGAUUCUGAAAAUCUGGACCUGCAAGCUACCCAGUGCUUUGUGGAGAGAGAGAAUCAGAGCAUGGAAGGUGCCCUGGAUGAACCAUGGGAGGUCUUGGCUACACAGUCAUUCUGUCUAAGAGAAUCUGAGGCCUCAGAUACCCAGCCUAUUGCUGCCCACCUUGAGGCCCAUGGCUCUUGCCCCUUUUCACCUAGGGCAACACCUCAAGACCAACAUCCAGAAAGCCCAUUUCACGCAGAGCCAUUGGAGAUUCAAGGCAGAGGGUUGCAGACUGCAGAGAAAGGCAUGAGUAUACCAAGAGAAUCAGCAGAGAGGGUGACUCUGGAGGGAGGGCCAUUAGGGAGGGAAACCAAAAAACUGCCACUGGAAGGAUUGAGAGAAAAUGUGAUGGGAGAGGAAGAAUUAACCAGGGUGAUGAAGGACAGAGAACAAAAACAGGUGUUAGCUAGAGACACUCAGAGACAAGAGUCCAAUAUAAUGGUGAAAAGGGAUAUGGAGAGGUUGAAGGUAGAAAUUAAAACACCCAAGGAAUUACAAGAGAUGGUAAAGCAGGCUCUUGCAAAAGAAGUAUUUGAGAGAGAAGCAGAAAAACCAGCACCAGAGAAAAAGUGUGAGCCAGGUGGAUUAGAAGUCAGCAUACCCAAAGUAAUACUGGAGGGAGGUACACAGAGACUAGAGACAAAGAGAGGGAGCAUGAACCAGAAAGGGCAGGCCACCAGCCCAAUACUGGAGCCUGCAGAAGGGGCAGGGGACCUUAUGGGACUCUCUUCAGCCCUGAUAGCUUCUGGGAGCCAGUCAGGUGGGAGAAGGGGAGCCCCAUUAAGCCACGAGAGGUGGCAGAGAGGCCACUUGAGUUGCAAGAUGACACCUGCAGAGAGGCUUUCUAGGGGUGAUCCAGAAUCCCUAGAUGCUUGUGUGCCUCCGACAGUAUCUGAAGCCUCAGUCCCAGGCCAAAACCCCCUCAUCUGUCAGAACCAAGAACAUCCUGCUCCUCAGCCCCUCUUUGCUCCCUCUCUACCUUUUUUAGAACCACCCAUUCCCAGAAGCAGGCAAAAUGGGAGCCAGGAAAUUUUAGAGAAUCCCUUGUCUUUAGAGUUGGACACUCUUCAUGAAAAACCCAAAGUCAGGCCCCGGGGGUGCUCUAGGAUGGCAUCCUCUCCAGUUUCUUCUAUAUCCUCAGAAUCCCACCCUCCUGCCUCCAAAGACCAGCCUGCCACCCCUGAGCCCACAUCUCGGGCCACUCGGAGCAGGACACAGAGGUCCUCUGUCAAGACCCCUAAACCAGUUGUCCCCACAGCCUCUGAGCUCCAGCCUUCUACCUCCAAAGACCAGCCUGUCACCUCUGGGCCCACAUCUCGGGCCACUCGGAGCAGGACACAGAAGUCCUCUGUCAAGACCCCUGAACCAUUUGUCCCCACAGCCUCUGAGCUCCAGCCUUCUACCUCCAAAGACCAGCCUGUCACCCCUGGGCCCACAUCUCGGGCCACUCGGAGCAGGACACAGAGGUCCUCUGUCAAGACCCCUGAGCCAGUUGUCCCCACAGCCUCUGAGUGCCAGCCUUCCACCUCCAAAGACCAGCCUGUCACCCCUGAGCCCACAUCUCGGGCCACUCGGAGCAGGACACAGAGGUCCUCUGUCAAGACCCCUGAGCCAGUUGUCCCCACAGCCUCUGAGUGCCAGCCUUCCACCUCCAAAGACCAACCUAUCACUUCCAAGGUCAUAGCUCAGAGUGGUCGGAGCAGGACACUGAGGACAGGAAGUGCUGUGCCAGUUCCUGCCACCACUGAAUUCCAGUCUCCUGACCCCACAGACCAGCCUAUUUCCCCUGAGUCCAUCCCUCAAGCCAAUUGCAGCAGGAGGCCAAAAGCCUCUAGGAAGAAUGGGUCCCUCACAACUCGCAUCGUCUAUGAACCCUCUUCUGCACUCCUUGAACCUAACUUCCCAUUCUCAAGGAACCAAAGGCGAGGAGCAGUAAGAGUAGCCAAGUCCCUUGCGGCCAUCCCUAAGCCUGCCUUUGCCCAGCUUCCUGAGACACCCACUCAUGUUUCCCAGAUCCAAAAGGUAGAGGCAGGAGGUAGAUAUGAGGUCACUUCAAAGACCCAGCCUAAGGCCUUUCAAAACCGCAAGAGGCCUUUCAGUGCUGUGGAUUCACCCCCACUUCGAAAACGGCUCCAAAGAGGGGAAGUCCACCAGAAGACAGUAUUCCUCAAGGAAGAGGAAGAUUCCGCAGAAAAGGAAGAGGAUGUAGUCAUUCCAGGACCAGGCAAGAGAGAGAAAGACCAAGCUGAGGAGGCCAAAGGAGUGCCAGGCCGCAGCCUCCGUCGGACCAAACCUAAACAUGAGUCCACAGCCCCCAAAGUGCUCUUCACAGGAGUGGUAGAUGCCCGAGGAGAGCAGGCAGUGUUGGCCCUGGGGGGAAGUCUGGCCAGCUCUGUAACAGAAGCUUCCCACCUGGUAACUGAUCGAAUCUGCCGGACAGUCAAGUUCCUGUGUGCCCUGGGGCGGGGGAUCCCUAUCCUCUCCCUGGAUUGGCUGCACCAGUCCCACAAGGCUGGUUGUUUCUUGCCCCCGGAUGAAUAUGUGGUGACUGAUUCUGAGCAGGAAAAGAACUUUGGCUUCAGCCUCCGUGACUCUCUGAGCCGGGCUCGUCAGCGAAGGCUGCUAGAGGGCUAUGAGAUUCAUGUGACCCCUGGAGUCCAGCCACCUCCACCUCAGAUGGCAGAGAUCAUCAGUUGCUGUGGAGGCACUGUCCUACCCAGUAUGCCCCGGUCCUACAAGCCCCAGAGAGUUGUGAUCACAUGCUCCCAGGAUGUUCCUCGAUGCAACAUUCCAAUUCGGGUUGGGCUACCCAUCCUCUCACCUGAGUUCCUGCUGACAGGAGUGCUGAAGCAGGAAGCCAAGCCAGAGGCUUUUGUUCUCUCCACUUUGGAAAUGUCAUGCACCUGAAAACACACCCCAGUACCAUUUUCCCUCCCAGAACAAUAAAUACUUAGAAAAUAUUUGGACAGAGAAUUUAGGGCUUUAAAAGGAUUGGGGUGUACCAGUCUGAUUUGUUGUGAAACAUGGGUGGGGCUGAACAGGCUUAUGGGGAAAACAAAGAUAGGGAGAUUGGGAGGAGAUUUUCUUAAAUGGUCAUUUAUUUGGCUAAUCUCGUGCUCAGAUAUUUUAGUGGCUGUCAUCUUUAGGUGGACUGAUGUGCUUAUUGCUUGGUGUCCUGCCUCCCUUUUGGAAGUAUCUCUCUUUUUCUUUUUCUACUGGGGUUCUUGUUUAUCCUCCAAAACAUGGUGGAAACAAUUUUAAUAUCAGGAACUUGAAAGGAUGCUUGGAGUGAGUAAAUUUGAAGACGUACUUAUAAAAUGUUACUAAAAUAUUUUCUUCUCUCCUGGCCCCAUCUUGUUAGAAGCAUCCUUUAGCUUUGACUUAGAGCAAGUCUCUGCGCUUUUCUGGCCUGGUUUUCCAGCAUCUGUAAAAUUAGAGCUUCAGCUUAACCUCUAUGAUAAAUAAAUAUUCACUCUGUGCCUUA